UGGAGGCGGGGCAUUGCUGUUGGUCACGCCCGUGGGCGGGGUGCCCUCGCCCUGAGCCCUCCCCUCUCUCCCGGGCUCGGCUCCCUCCCCGCAACCCCUGAGAUCUCUCCUCUAUCUUUCUCUCCCGGUUCUCUCUCUCUCUCUGCGCUCGCGUUCCCGCGUCCGGGCUGCAGGGUUCUGAAGCGCGCCGCCGCCUUUAUCGCGGCGGCGCGCGCCCGAGGGGAGGGAGAAGGGGAGGAGAAGUUGGGGGGGUCGUGGCUGCUGCUGCUGCCGCCGCCGCUACCGGGGCAGGAAGAUGGUGGCGAGCGCGCGGGUGCAGAAGCUGGUGCGGCGCUACAAGCUGGCUAUCGCCACGGCGUUGGCCAUCCUGCUGCUUCAGGGCCUGGUGGUGUGGAGCUUCAGCGGCCUGGAGGAGGAGGAGCCCGGAGAGAAGGGACGACAGAGGAAGCCAAGACCACCAGACCCAGGCGAAGGCUCUAAAGACAGAGAUAGCUCUGCUGGGCGACGGGGGAAUGCUGGCCGGAGGCAUGGGCGCUGGAAGGGCCGAGUAGAUAGCCCUGGGGUAUUGGUGGCCAAGGUGGUGAGAGCUGUGACGGGCAAGCACAAAUUUAGCCGCCGGGUACCCCCUGCCCCACCCCGAGAGCCCCUCAGCCGACAGAACCUGAGUACUGGGGGUGGGGGAGAGGUGCUACCUGGGGCAGGUGUUGGUGGCGCCUUCCAGCAAGGUGACACGGGCAGCGUGGAGGGUGCUCCCCAGCCCACGGAGAAUGGCUUCACCCCCAAGUGUGAGAUCACAGGCAAGGAUGCCCUAUCUGCCUUGGCCCGGGCCAGCACCAAGCAAUGUCAACAGGAGAUCGCCAACGUGGUGUGUCUGCACCAAGCAGGGAGACUAAUGCCUAAGGUCGUGCCCCGACACUGCCAGCUGUCUGGAAAGGUGAGCCCCAUGAUUCAGUGGGAUGAGAGCCGAGUGCAGUUACCCCCGGGUAGGCCCUCAGUGCGAAUUGCUUACAUGCUGGUGGUUCACGGUCGUGCCAUUCGGCAACUCAAGCGGCUGCUCAAGGCUGUUUACCACGAGCGACACUUUUUCUACAUCCACGUAGACAAGCGCUCUAACUACCUGCACCGGGAGGUGGUCGCUCUAGCCCAGCACUAUGCCAAUGUGAGGGUGACCCCCUGGCGCAUGGGCACAAUCUGGGGUGGCGCCAGUCUCCUGAAGAUGUAUCUACGCAGCAUGCAGGACCUGCUGGAGGCACCUGGCUGGACCUGGGACUUCUUCAUCAACCUUAGUGCCACUGACUACCCUACCAGGACCAAUGAUGAGCUGGUGACAUUCCUGUCCAAAUACCACGAUAAGAAUUUCCUCAAGUCUCAUGGCCGGGACAACUCAAGGUUCAUCAAGAAGCAAGGUCUAGACCGGCUCUUUCACGAGUGCGACUCCCACAUGUGGCGCCUGGGAGAACGGCAGAUUCCAGAGGGCAUCGUUGUGGAUGGCGGCUCUGACUGGUUCGCCCUGACCCGCAGUUUUGUGGAGUACGUGGUCUAUACGGAUGACCCUCUCGUGGCUCAGCUGCGCCAGUUCUAUACCUACACGCUUUUACCAGCCGAGUCCUUCUUCCAUACCGUGCUAGAGAACAGCCCCACCUGCAACACCCUCGUAGACAACAACUUGCGUGUCACCAACUGGAACCGCAAAUUGGGCUGCAAAUGUCAAUACAAGCACAUCGUGGACUGGUGUGGCUGCUCCCCCAAUGACUUCAAGCCCCAGGACUUCCUUCGGCUCCAGCAACUCUCCAGACCUACCUUCUUUGCCCGAAAAUUUGAGUCAACUGUGAAUCAGGAAGUGCUGGAAAUCUUGGACUCUCACCUCUAUGGUAGUUACCCUCCCAACACCCCAGCCCUCAAAGCUUACUGGGAAAAUGUCCAUGACAUCGCCGAUGGCCUGGGGGGACUCAGCGAUGUCAUCCUCACGGCCUACACAGCUUUCUCCCGCCUCGGUCUACACCAUGCUGCUGCCAUGGCGUCCCCUCCAACUAACCAGCUCUGCAGGUUUGAGCCUAAGGGCUUCCCAUCCAGUGUCCACCUGUAUUUCUAUGAUGACCGUUUCCAGGGCUACUUGUUGACCCAGACGGUGCAGCCUGUGGCCUCUGGGCCUGAAGAGGCGCUGGAGAUGUGGCUGAUGCCUCGGGGGGCCCUGAAGCUGACAGAACACAAUGGUCAGGCCAACCGGCUGCAGAACCUGGAGGUGGGUACAGAAUGGGACCCCAAGGAGCGUCUUUUCCGGAACUUUGGGGGAUUGUUGGGACCCUUGGAUGAGCCAGUGGCCAUGCAGCGUUGGGCCCGUGGCCCUAACCUCACAGCCACUGUGGUUUGGAUCGAUCCCACCUUUGUGGUGGCCACCUCAUAUGACAUCACGGUGGACUCUGAAGCCGAGGUCACUCAGUAUAAGCCUCCCCUGAGCCGGCCCUUGCGGCCUGGUGCCUGGACCGUCCGCCUGCUGCAGUUCUGGGAACCACUAGGGGAAACGCGCUUCCUGGUGUUGCCCUUGACCUUCAACCGCAAACUACCUCUCAGGAAAGAUGAUGGGAGCUGGCUGCACGCUGGACCACCCCACAACGAGUACAUGGAGCAGAGUUUUCAGGGCCUGAGUGGAAUCUUGAACCUUCCCCGGCCAGAGCAGGCAGAAGAGGCUUCUAGGAGGCAUGCAGAAUUGACUGGCCCUGCCCUGGAGGACUGGACAGAUAGCACCUUGGGCAGCUUCUGGUCAGUGGCAGGGCUGUGUGCCAUAGGCCCCUCUGUCUGUCCCAACCUGGAGCCCUGCAGCCAGACCAGCUGGAGUUCUCUCUCUCCUGACCCCAAGUCAGAGCUCGGUCCUAUCAAAGCUGAUGGCCGGCUGAGGUAGCGGGACCAUAGUGGGAGCCUGGGGAAAGCCCCGGGGUGUUGCACCUUAGGAACUCCGUAGAGGAAGAGAUGAUUGAGGGACUGUCCUCUCCCAUGGAUGAGAAGUUGGGGUCUAGCCCACUGUUCCAUCCCCCUCCUGUCUCGGCUGGAGUGAGCCCCAGGACCGAGUGGCAGAUGGACACCUCGGACAGUUCUGAGCUGGAGGCUGGAGAAAAAUGGAGAAAACCAGAGUUCCUUCAGUUCCAGAGCCAACACUGUUUCUGCGCCCUCUUCGAUUUCUCUAGGUUCUACUUUCUGGUUUUAAGAUGGCAUAUGUAGAGGGGCGUAAGGAUAGGAAAAGGAGAGAGAAAUAAUGUGCAAUAAAAUUUCCAGCAGCCCCGGGGAGAUGCGGUUCCUCCAGGACCUGCAGAACAAGGGAACAACCAGGCACUUCAAGGGGAUGCCCAAAUCAGCCAGGGCCCCCUGACUGUGUGCCCUAGUAGCCUGGGACAUUAUAGAGCUGAGGGCUCUAAAAAAAGUGGAAAAAGCCCAUAUUUAAAGAGCUACAAGGUAACUGGAUAGAAUAAUUUAUGGAAUUGGGCACUGGGCAGGCCAGGAGGCCAGAGAAGAGGAGGGAGAGGGAGAAGUUCAGGAUUUUAGGGCUUCUGGGGCUCAUAGUCUUCUCUUUCCCCUUUAUGUGAAAUAGGUGCUGCCUGAGUCACCUAGAGGGCUGACAGAUCAGACCCUGCAAAGCAAAGAGCUUGAGGGGUCCCCCGCCACAGAGUGGUCCUGGGACUUGAGAUCAGGGAGAAGUGCCCUCUUGGUUGCUCUGGAGGAGCCAGGGCAGCAGUGAGCCUGGAGUGCCAUGUAAAUCCGAAAUAUGCAACGGCAGAAAUAUAUCUCUUACAUCUCUAAUAUGGUCCGCAGCGUGCUUCCUGGAGCAGGAGGGGCUCAGAGCAGAGCCCUCUGGCAGCUCCACGGCCAGUACUUCCCUGUUCCCCUUACCCCAGGAGUGCCAGGCUCCAUUGCUAUCCACCCCCUUUCUCCUGUCUUGAUGACUAUGGCCUCUGCCCCUCCCGUAACCCAUGCAGAGCCAGCCCUCCUCUCCUUCCCCAUCCAGCCUUCCCCUACCACCUUACCUCAGGAGCUUCUUCAGGAACAAAGAGAUGUUGUGUCAGGGCCAUUGCGUCUGGGCCCACUGGACUCCAGGGAGAGGGCCAUAUACAUGUGUUCUGACUUCUUUUCUUGGGGAGGGGAGCCCUAAAGUUUUUGAGCCUAUUAAAACUGUCUGGGAGGCUUUGCUGCUUUGGUAUCAGGCAGAAUCCGGGACAUAUUUGGUGGUCCUUUGCAUCCUGGGUGGACCUCCUCUCCUCUCCCUUCAUGUCAUUUACACCUUAGUGUAAUUUGUCAGUGGUUUACCUUUGGGGGGGGUAUUUGCAUUUUAUGCCUUAUUUCUAAUUGUGGGAUAAAAAUAAUAAUAGCUAGUAUUUAUGUAGUGCUUUAAGUUUUGCUAAGCAUUUUACAGAUAUAAUCUCAUUUGGUAUUUACAAAAUCCCUGGGAGAUAGGUGCUAUUAUAAUCCCCAUUUUAUAGUUGAAGGAAACUGAGGCUAAGAAGAGGUUAAGUGAUGUGCCCAGGGUCACAAAGUCAUUAUGUGCAUCAGAAUCUGAAUUCUGAUCUUCAUGACACUAAGACCACUGAGGGCUCUUAUCCACUGCUUCCUAGGUUUGACCAGGAAUUGGAGGGGUCUAUGGAUGCCAAGUGACAGUUCUUUUCACUGCCCCAACAUGGGAAGGAAGAUAAAAGAAUUUUAAAUAAAUAAGUUUUGUGGCAUAAGAGAUGACUGGAGAGUGGGGUAACUUGUUAAUGGAUCACACUCUACCAGCCCAUUUAGCAUGGGGCAGAACAUGAAAUAGCAGCAGCUGUCAUGCUGGGUGGAUUUGGCUUAAAGUUGGGGUGGGGGACAGACUAGAGAGGAGAAUGUAGGUAAUGUAGAGGUAGAGAAGACUUCAAAGGCCAUCUAGUCGGGCUACAUUUUGCAGAUAGGAAACUGGGGCACCAUGAAAUUAAAUGACUUGGUGAAGGUCACAUAGGUACGUGCCUCAGGAAAUCUGGGUCUGUGAUUGGGCAGAAGAAAAGGAAUGGAGAGAAGAAAGGAUGCGAAGAAGUGAUGCUCUCCUAAAGAAAGGACUUGUAUUCACUCCCUAGCAGCCAAAGGUAAAAACUGAUGAAGUCAGCUUUGGGAAGGUCUUGGUUCUGCAGUGGAGGAGAGUUGCAAGUAGUAUUUUCUUCCAAGACCAGGAGAUUGUGCCCUUAAGAGCCUGCCAGGCAACCCUCAGAUUUUGGGGGGUGACCCGGAAAAGUUUGGAAGCAGGGAGUCAAACCAAGAGAAAAUAUCUAUUAAUUUUUUUUUUAACCCUUCCAUCUUGGAAUCAAUACUGUGUAUUGGCUCUAAGGCAGAAGAGUGGUACUGGCUAAGCAGUGAGGGUUAAGUGACUUGCCCAGGGUCACACAGCUGGGAAGUGUCUGAGGUGAGAUUUGAACCUAGGACUCCCAUCUCUAGGCCUGGCUCUUGAUCCACUGAACCACUUUGCUGCCCCAGAUGUCUGUUGAAUUUAAAGGCAGCUUUGGUAAUCUGUCAGUUACUUUUCUGAUUUUAAAGAUGGCAUGAUAUUUUUGGAAAUAGCGAUGGCUUCAUUCUCUGUAAAAACAAAAACAAAACCAACAAUAAGAAGCAACUGGUUCCCAGUUGACUUUUUUUCCAAGGGACCAGCCAGGUUGGAGUUGGGAGUGGGGAGAGGUAGAGGGCUCAUCACCAUAGUCUGAUGACUUUGGAAUGAGUUCUUUGCUCAAUGCAACCCAUGAAACAAAGCGUGUGUGUCUAUGUUUACGAAUAUAAUGACAACUAGCAUUUCUAUAUUAUAUAUCAUCUUAUUUGAUCCUCAAGACAACCCUGGUAUGUGUUGUGUGUUUACAAAUAUAAUGGCAACUAGCCCUUACAGAUUACAUAUAUUUUCUUAUUUCCUUAUACCUGGGAGGUAGGUGCUGUUAUUCCCAUUUUAUAAUGAGGUAACUGAGACUGAGAAAGAUUAAACAAUUUGCAUGGGGUCCCAGGCAAAUUUUGAGUGUGACUCCAAGUUUCUCAUUCUAUCCAUCACACUGAGCCAUUGUUAAUCUAUUUUUUUUAAAAAUUUAAACCCUUACCUUCCACCUUAGAAUCAAUACUAAGUAUUGGUUCCAAGGCAGAAUAAUGGGAAGGGCUAGGCAAUGGGGGUUAAGUGACUUGCCCAGGGUCACACAGCUAGGAAGUGUCUGAGGCCACAUUUGAACCCAGGACCUCCAGGCCUGGCUCUCAAUCCACUGAGCUACUUAGCUGUCCUCCUAUUAAUUUAAAUGUGAAUUUCUAUGUAUGGGCAGAAAGAGGCAGAGUGAUAUAGUAGGAAAGUGACCAGCUUUGGGUAAAGAAAUCAUUAAAUUGGCAUUUAUUAAGCACUUGCUGUGUGCCUGGGAGUCUGCUAGGCACCAGGAAUACAAAGAUAGAAAUGAGACUUAUUCCUGCCCUCUAGGAGUUUAUAGUCGGUAGGGGAAACAGCAAGUCCACAUAGAUGAUAUGCAAAGAAAUAAAAUAAAGAAUAAUAUGGGUAGGGGUAGAAUAAGCAGCAGAUGAGGAAGGGCCUGGUGUUUGAGCGGAGCUUCAAAGGAUCCUAAGAACUUUAAAGAAGCAGAAAUGAGAAGGGAAUGUGUCCCAGCUAGGGUUGGGGGAUGGAAGGAAGCUGAUUUCAAGGUCCCCAAUGGAAUAUGGAAUGUUGGGUGGGAUAUACAAAGAAGGCUGUGUUGGGAGGCAUAAAAGAGGAAUAUGUAAUAAGCCUGGAAAGGUGGGCUGAGGCCAGAUGGUGAAAGGUCCUCAAUGCCAAAAAAGAGAUUUUGUAUUUGAUCCUUAAAGCAACUGAGAGCAAUCAGCUUCCUGAAUGGGGAUCGUGCUUUAGGAAAAUCAUUUUGGUAGCUGUAUAGACUAGUACUGGAGGCAGGGGAACCAACUGAACUACAAUAGCCCAAAUGACAGGUAAGUGCAGGGUUCAAGUGUGAUCUCUGACAUGCAUUAGCUGUGUCCACAUGGUCAAUUCUGAUUUCUCAGUCCCUCCAAGCUAGGUACUGCUGACACAAAGACAAAAUGAAAUAGCCCCUUUUACCAUUCCAGUCUCUUUGUACCUUCUUCCCUCCAUGUACUAUAUAAUCUAGCCACCAUGUUCCUCUCUUAAGACACUCCUUAUCACUCACUAGACUGGACAUUUUCUCUAACUGUCCCCCAUGUCUAGAAUUCUCUCUCAUUUUUGUCUCCUGGCUUUCUUCAAGACUCCAUUAACGUCCCACAUAUUUAUGUAUUUUAGGGGUAGCUAAGUGGCUCAGUGGAUAGAGUUCCAGCCCUGGAAUUUGGAAGAUUCAUCUUCCUGACUUCAAAUCCAGCCUCAGACACUCACUAGCUGUGUGACCAUUGGUCAAGUCACUUAACCUUGUUUGCUUCAGUUUCUUCACUGUAAAAUGUGCUGAAGAAGGAAAUGGCAAACUACCCAGUAUCUUUGCCAAGAAAAUCUCAAAUAGGGUUACAAAGAGUCAGGUACAACUGAUAUGACUGAACAACAAAAAAUCCUACCUUCUGCUAAAAGCCUUUCCUGAUUUUUCUUAGUCUUAGCACCUUCUUUUAGAGACUACCCCCAAUUUAUGCUAUGUGUAUCUUAUUUGUACAUGGUUGUUUAUAUGUUGGCCCCUCCAAUUAUACUGUGAACCCCUAGGGAGCAGGGACUAGAUUUAAAAAGAAAAAUAUUUUUAAAUAGCAAUCUCUGGAAUACAGUGUUUAAUAGAUGCUGGCUGCUUGACUUGAGGUUACAUUUUAACAGGAGAGGCAACAUGCAAAACGUAUACAUGUAAAUAGAGUUUAAUUUGUUGGGGAGGCACUAGCAGGCAAGGGAGUCUUUAGUUGAAGCUUCAAAAGAGAGAGAGAUAAACACAAAGUAGAGGUCAAGAAAAAAUACUAUGAAGGGGGAGACUGAGAGGGGAGGAUUCAAUGCUCCCAAACAACUCUCUAAGACAGUGAGCAAGAGAUGAGUUCCAGUUCUGUACCAAUGGAGAUUCUUCAUCCUGAAAGGACAUUGCACUGAUGAAAUCAAACAUCGGUACUGAUUCCCAGCCCCAAAUAAAUGUUUAGGGUUCUGCA